AUCGCUACGCGUUCGAGAAACACAUUAUCUGUUCACCAGCUAUGUAGCCUCCGCCCCAGAAUUUCCCUUGUCCUUCCACCUCUCUACCUCUUUACUCCAACAACACUACUACUCACUACUUCACAUUAUCGCCUACCUCUAUCCGCACCCUCAAUCUUAAACGCCACCAAAAGCCCUUCGCAGGGCACAUGACCGGAAAGCACAAUCUCACAUCAGCGCAAUGUGCCACAAACUCUUCCAGAUACACGCCUGUGGCCAUACAAAAGAGGUCUGCACCACGCCAUGUCCGCACGCCUUAGCAACCGCGUAUUACGCCUCCACCACGCCAGCAGACCCAUUCUCGGACGCCGCGUCUUCGCCCACGACACCGCGGUACCCUUCGGCUCCGUCGUCCGCCUCGCCAACAGCGGGAGAGUUUGGCCCAUUACCACAACUUGUCGCCAAAGCCCGGUCCGCCGUCAACAGCCUGCCUUCUCAAUGCGACCGUGAUCAACCUCCUACGGCCGAUCCAACAUCUCCACACUCCGUAAUCUCCAAUCAUCCAUCUCCGCUACGCUCAAAUCCCACCACCUCCCUCGUACUUCCCAACUCCGCAGGUGGCGAACCCGAACUCACGGCCAACUUUUGCCCCUACUACUUCAGCCGGUACCUCACGCCCUCUAAAACUCCCUGUCUAAAGUGCUAUAUGCGCCCUGAUUGGACCAACACGCGCCAGCGCUGGAUGACGUGGUACCGGAUCGAGCACCCGGGGACAAAGCCGGAGGAUCUGGCAAGUUUGGCGGGCGUGGAGGGGAUUCCGGGGCGCGUAGGGCUGGUGAAUGUUUUUGCUGAGAUGCAGAGGUUGGGGAGCGUGAAGGCGGCGCAGAAUGCGUCCCAGCGGUAGAGUGGGGAUAGGGGAAAGAAUCCUCUUAGAAGGUGGACUGAAUACGAGGAACGGGAUGGAAAAGAUGGUCGGACAAGGGAUUUGUGAUGCGCUUGCAACGUGGAAGACCAAGGUACCGUGCUCAUGGAGCAGCAUACCGCAAGACGAAAAUGCCGUGAGUAUUGCCCG